AUGGCCGUCGACUGCCCAAUAUGCAACAAGCCUGUCAAGCCAAACCUAAUCAACAACCACAUCGACUCGGGCUGCGAGAGCUUCGUUCUCGACCCAUCUUCCAGCGCCAACACGACAUCCUCUCCUCCUCCCUCAACGCCUUCGCACACCAACGGCGCCGGCAGCAUGCUGACCCAGCCGAAACGAUCCGCCGCUUCCACCUUCUUCCAGACCCCCGCCGCAAAACGGCAAGCCACGACGAACCGUGUGCUGACUCCGAAUGCCAACGGCAAGGCGGCUGGUCCGCUGGCGCCGGCGGCAGGGAAAAAGAGAGCCUUUGACGACGGGCCGGGGCAGGAAAUGGUGGCACGAACAGACACAGACACAUGCGCAACGACGCCUUCAGGAGAGCAACCACAACAACCACCCGCAGCCCAGGGCGUCCUCGAUGCUCCAGCGCCCAAACGCACAAAGACGGCCCGUUCUGCGCCCCUUGCCGAACGCAUGCGACCCCAGGCUCUCGAUGAUGUCUUUGGCCAGGACCUCGUCGGGCCCCAUGGCGUCCUGCGCUCCCUCAUCGAGACGGACCGCGUGCCCUCGAUGAUCCUCUGGGGCGGCUCGGGAACCGGCAAGACCACCAUUGCCCGCUGCAUCGCCCACCGCGCCGGCAGCCGGUUCAUCGAGCUCAAUGCCACGUCAACGGGCGUCGCCGAAGUCAAGAAGAUGUUCCUUGAGGCCGCCAACGAUCUCGCCCUCACCGGACGCAAGACCAUCAUCUUUUGCGACGAGAUUCACCGCUUCACAAAAGCCCAGCAGGACGUCUUCUUGAAGCCCGUCGAGGCCGGCACCAUCACGCUCGUCGGCGCCACGACGGAGAACCCCUCGUUCCGCGUCGGCGCCGCCCUGCUCUCGCGCUGCCGCACCUUUACGCUGCAGAAGCUGAGCGCCGAGAACAUCGCCGCCAUCCUGCGCCGUGCCGUCGCCGCCGAGUGCCCCGGCGGCCCCCCACCGCUGCUCUCCGACGGCGCCAACGCCGACCACCUGCUGACGUACCUGGCCGCCUUUGCCGACGGCGACGCACGCACGGCCCUCAACCUGCUCGAGCUGGCCCUCUCGCUGGCGGCGCGGCCCGACACGACCAUGGACGACCUCAAGGCGUCGCUGACCAAGACGCUCGUCUACGACCGCGCCGGCGACCAGCACUACGACACCAUCUCGGCCUUCCACAAGGCCGUCCGCGGCUCCGACCCGGACGCCGCCCUCUACUACCUCGCGCGCAUGCUCCAGUCGGGCGAGGACCCCCUCUUCGUCGCCCGCCGCAUGGUCGUCAUCGCCUCGGAGGACGUCGGCCUCGCCGACAACUCGCUGCUGCCCCUCGCCACGGCCGCCUACACGGCCGCCCAGCAGAUCGGCAUGCCCGAGGCCCGCAUCCCCCUCGCCCACGCCGCCGUCGCCCUGAGCCUCGCCCCCAAGAGCACCCGCGCCUACCGCGCCCUCAACAACGCCUACUCGGCCCUGCGUGAGCCCGGCGUCGCCGCCCUGCCCGUGCCAAUCCACCUGCGCAACGCCCCGACCCGCCUCAUGCGCGAGAUGGGCUUCGGCGCCGAGUACAAGUACCCGCCCAACUACCGCGACGGCAAGGUCCGCCAGGACUAUCUGCCCGAGGGCAUGCAGGGCAGGCGCUUCCUCGAGGACAGGCAUCUCGGGACCGAAGUCGAUCCCGAUCUCGAGAUGGGGGAUGCCUAG